CAAUAACCCGGGAGCCGCCCCCGCCCCCGCCGUAUCUCUGCGAGCUGCCGCUCGGCAGGCGGGGGCGGGCGGGGGCCGGGCCGUGUGGCUGCGCGCCUCUCCGCAGCAUUACGGCGGCGGCCCCCAGCCCGGCCGCAGCCAUGGCCGAGCGCCGCGCCUUCGCGCAGAAAAUCAGCAGAACUGUGGCGGCUGAAGUCAGGAAGCAGAUCUCGGGGCAGUAUGGCGGGUCUCCCCAGCUUCUCAAAAAUCUUAACAUUGGUGGCAGCGUUUCUCACCAUACAACUGUUCCUCUUACAGAAGCUGUGGAUCCAGUGGAUUUGGAAGAAUACCUUAUUACACAUCCUCUUGCAGUGGAUUCUGGCCCUUUGAGGGAUUUGCUUGAAUUUCCUCAAGAUGACAUUGAAGUUGUAUACACUCCCCGGGAAUGUAGGACUCUUGUAUCAGCUGUACCUGAAGAGAGCGAGAUGGACCCUCAUGUGAGGGAUUGUGUAAGAAGUUACACAGAAGAUUGGGCAAUUGUAAACAGAAAAUAUCACAAACUGGGAACAGGAUUUAAUCCCAACACCUUAGACAAACAGAAAGAGAGGCAAAAAGGGCUCCCCAAACAGAUCUUCGAGUCAGACGAGGCUCCAGAUGGCAACAGUUACCAGGAUGAACAAGAUGACCUUAAAAGGCGUUCAAUGUCAAUAGAUGAUACUCCACGAGGCAGCUGGGCAUGCAGUAUUUUCGACCUGAAAAACUCCCUGCCUGAUGCCCUUCUUCCAAAUCUACUUGACCGAACCCCAAAUGAAGAAAUUGACCAUCAGAAUGAUGAUCAGAGGAAGUCAAACAGACACAAGGAGCUAUUUGCCCUGCAUCCAGCCCCAGAUGAGGAGGAGCCUAUAGAACGACUGUGUGUCCCUGAAGUACCCAAAGAACACUUUGGGCAAAGACUUCUUGUGAAGUGUUUGUCUCUUAAAUUUGAAAUUGAAAUUGAGCCCAUUUUUGCAAGCUUGGCUUUGUAUGAUGUUAAAGAAAAGAAAAAGAUUUCAGAGAAUUUCUACUUUGAUUUAAACUCUGAACAAAUGAAAGCAAUGCUGCGUCCUCAUGUCCCACCUGCUGCCAUUUCUACUUUGGCCAGAUCUGCUAUUUUUUCUAUUACUUAUCCCUCUCAGGAUGUCUUUCUGGUUAUAAAGCUGGAAAAAGUAUUACAGCAAGGGGAUAUAGGGGAGUGUGCAGAGCCAUAUAUGAUUUUUAAGGAAGCUGAUGCUGCAAAGAAUAAGGAAAAGUUGGAAAAGUUGAAAAGUCAAUCGGAUCAGUUUUGCCAAAGAUUAGGCAAAUAUCGAAUGCCUUUUGCCUGGACAGCCAUUCAUUUAAUGAACAUAGUCAGCAGUGCGGGAAGUUUGGAGAGAGAUUCCACGGAAGUAGAAGUUGGCACAGGAGAACGCAAAGGAUCUUGGUCAGAGAGGCGAAAUUCUAGUAUUGUUGGAAGACGAUCCUUAGAGAGAACCACAAGCGGAGAUGAGGCUUGCAAUCUGACUAGCUUUAGGCCAGCCACACUUACAGUGACAAACUUCUUUAAGCAGGAGGGUGAUCGCUUGAGUGAUGAAGAUUUGUACAAGUUCCUUGCAGAUAUGAGAAGGCCGUCUUCUGUUUUACGGAGGUUGAGACCCAUUACAGCUCAGCUGAAGAUAGACAUAUCUCCAGCACCAGAGAAUCCCCACUACUGCCUAACUCCAGAGCUGCUGCAAGUCAAACUUUACCCAGACAGCAGAGUUAGACCUACAAGAGAGAUCCUGGAGUUUCCAGCCAGGGAUGUGUAUGUUCCAAAUACUACUUACAGGAAUCUUCUGUAUGUCUAUCCUCAGAGCCUUAACUUUGCCAACCGUCAAGGCUCUGCCAGGAAUAUCACUGUGAAAGUCCAGUUCAUGUAUGGAGAAGAUCCAAGCAACGCCAUGCCAGUCAUUUUUGGUAAAUCUAGCUGUCCUGAAUUUUCCAAGGAGGCAUACACAGCUGUUGUCUAUCACAACAGAUCGCCUGAUUUCCAUGAAGAAAUUAAGGUUAAGCUUCCAGCUACUUUAACUGACCAUCAUCACCUCCUCUUUACUUUCUAUCAUGUCAGCUGCCAACAGAAACAGAACACUCCCCUUGAGACUCCAGUUGGAUAUACAUGGAUCCCGAUGCUUCAGAAUGGACGCUUGAAGACUGGUCAGUUCUGUCUACCCGUUUCCUUGGAGAAACCGCCGCAGGCUUACUCUGUGCUUUCUCCAGAGGUGCCCCUUCCUGGAAUGAAGUGGGUAGAUAAUCAUAAAGGAGUUUUUAAUGUGGAAGUUGUUGCUGUAUCAUCUAUCCAUACACAGGACCCUUACCUCGACAAGUUCUUUGCACUUGUCCAUGCUCUAGAUGAGCACAUGUUCCCUGUGCGAAUUGGAGACAUGAGGAUUAUGGAAAACAACUUGGAAAAUGAAUUAAAAAGCAGCAUUUCAGCUUUAAAUUCAUCUCAGCUGGAGCCAGUAGUACGCUUUCUUCAUCUCCUGUUGGAUAAAUUGAUUCUUCUGGUAGUAAGACCCCCUGUCAUUGCAGGCCAAAUAGUCAACCUGGGACAAGCAUCUUUUGAAGCGAUGGCAUCGAUCAUAAACAGACUCCACAAAAACCUAGAUGGAAACCAGGACCAGCAUGGCAGAAACAGUCUUCUCGCUUCUUAUAUUUAUUAUGUUUUUCGUCUGCCGAACACCUACCCCAAUUCACCUUCUCCAGGUCCUGGUGGUUUGGGAGGAUCAAUGCAUUAUGCUACCAUGGCUCGAUCAGCUGUCAGACCAGCAAGCCUUAAUUUGAAUCGCUCAAGGAGUCUUAGUAACAGCAACCCAGAUAUAUCUGGGACACCAACCUCACCGGAUGAUGAAGUUAGGUCAAUCAUUGGAAGUAAGGGUUUAGACCGCUCCAAUUCCUGGGUAAACACUGGUGGUCCCAAAGCUGCCCCAUGGGGAUCCAACCCCAGUCCAAGUGCAGAGUCAACACAGGCUACGGAUCGAAGUUGUAAUCGCAUGUCUUCGCACACAGAGACGUCAAGUUUCUUACAAACAUUAACAGGACGAUUACCAACCAAAAAGCUUUUUCACGAAGAACUGGCCUUGCAGUGGGUCGUUUGCAGUGGGAGUGUUCGGGAGGCCGCUCUGCAGCAGGCAUGGUUCUUCUUCGAGCUUAUGGUGAAGAGCAUGGUGCAUCAUUUGUAUUUUGCUGACAAACUGGAUGCACCAAGGAAGAAUCGCUUUCCGGAGCGUUUCAUGGAUGACAUAGCUGCUCUGGUCAGCACUAUUGCCAGUGAUAUAGUUUCGCGGUUUCAGAAGGAUACUGAAAUGGUUGAAAGGCUCAACACCAGUCUUGCAUUUUUCCUCAAUGAUCUGCUGUCCAUCAUGGACAGAGGGUUUGUGUUUAGCCUUGUUAAGGCCCACUACAAACAGGUAUCUUCAAAGCUUUAUUCCUUACCAAAUCCAAGUAACCUGGCGUCCUUGAGGCUGGACUUCCUCCGCAUUAUCUGCAGCCAUGAGCACUACGUUACCCUGAACUUACCCUGCAGCUUACUUACCCCACCUGCUUCUCCAUCACCAUCAGUGUCUUCAGCAACUUCUCAGAGUUCUGGAUUCUCUACAAAUGUCCAAGAUCAGAAGAUUGCAAAUAUGUUUGAACUGUCUGUGCCUUUCCGCCAGCAGCAUUACUUGGCAGGCCUUGUGUUAACAGAGUUGGCUGUCAUUUUGGAUCCUGAUGCUGAUGGUUUGUUUGGAUUGCAUAAGAAGGUCAUCAAUAUGGUACACAAUUUACUGUCUAGUCACGAUUCGGAUCCACGGUACUCUGACCCACAGGUAAAGGCCCGGGUGGCCAUGCUCUAUCUACCUCUGAUUGGCGUGAUCAUGGAAACCGUGCCUCAGCUAUAUGAUUUUACAGAGACUCACAACCAGCGAGGAAGGCCAAGCUGUGUUGCUGUGGACGAUUACGAAAGCGAGGGUGGAAGCAUGAUAAGUCAGACAGUGGCUAUGGCCAUCGCAGGGACAACCAUCCCCCAGCUUACUCGGCCCAGCAGUUUUCUACUUACAUCCUCGACUGGCCGGCAGCAUUCCACCUUCUCAGCGGAGUCGAGCCGGAGCCUCUUGAUCUGUCUCUUGUGGGUCCUGAAGAAUGCUGAUGAGAGCGUCCUGCAGAAAUGGUUCACAGACCUCUCUGUGCUGCAGCUCAAUCGCUUGCUGGAUUUGCUUUAUCUCUGUGUUUCCUGCUUUGAGUACAAGGGCAAGAAAGUGUUUGAAAGAAUGAACAGUUUGACAUUUAAGAAGUCGAAGGACAUGAGAGCCAAACUGGAAGAAGCUAUUCUGGGAAGUAUAGGAGCCAGGCAAGAAAUGGUUAGAAGGAGCAGAGGGCAGCUAGAAAGAAGUCCAUCUGGGAGUGCAUUCGGAAGCCAAGAGAAUUUGAGAUGGAGAAAGGAUAUGACACACUGGCGUCAAAACACAGAGAAACUUGACAAAUCAAGGGCAGAGAUAGAACAUGAAGCACUUAUUGAUGGAAAUCUUGCAACUGAAGCUAAUCUGAUUAUUUUGGAUACUUUAGAGAUAGUUGUCCAGACCGUUUCUGUGACUGAAUCCAAAGAGAGUAUCCUUGGUGGGGUGCUGAAAGUGCUGCUGCACAGCAUGGCUUGUAAUCAAAGUGCACUUUAUCUCCAACACUGCUUCGCUACACAAAGAGCUUUGGUUUCAAAGUUCCCCGAGCUGCUGUUUGAAGAAGAGACAGAGCAGUGUGCUGACCUGUGCCUAAGGCUUCUGCGACACUGCAGUAGUAGCAUUAGCACAAUACGCUCACAUGCUAGCGCUUCACUUUACCUCCUUAUGAGACAGAAUUUUGAGAUUGGGAAUAACUUCGCUAGAGUGAAAAUGCAGGUGACCAUGUCCCUCUCAUCACUGGUGGGGACAUCCCAGAACUUCAAUGAGGAGUUUUUGAGACGUUCCCUGAAGACUAUUUUAACCUAUGCUGAAGAGGAUCUGGAACUCAGAGACACAACAUUCCCUGAUCAGGUCCAGGAUCUUGUAUUCAACCUCCAUAUGAUCCUCUCUGACACAGUUAAAAUGAAGGAACACCAGGAAGAUCCAGAAAUGCUGAUUGACCUGAUGUACAGAAUUGCCAAGGGCUAUCAGAAUUCCCCCGACCUGCGACUGACCUGGUUACAGAACAUGGCCGGAAAACAUUCCGAAAGGAGCAACCACGCUGAAUCUGCACAGUGUUUGGUCCACUCAGCAGCACUUGUGGCUGAAUAUUUAAGCAUGCUUGAAGAUCGGAAAUACCUGCCUGUAGGAUGUGUCACAUUUCAGAACAUAUCUUCUAAUGUUUUGGAAGAAUCUGCAGUUUCUGAUGAUGUUGUAUCACCAGACGAAGAAGGUAUCUGUUCUGGAAAGUAUUUUACAGAAGCAGGUCUGGUGGGAUUGCUGGAACAGGCGGCAGCAUCUUUUUCCAUGGCUGGCAUGUAUGAAGCAGUAAAUGAGGUUUACAAAGUCCUCAUUCCUAUUCAUGAAGCUAAUAGAGAUGCCAAGAAACUGUCUACAAUUCAUGGUAAACUUCAAGAAGCGUUCAGCAAAAUUGUUCAUCAGAGUACUGGCUGGGAGCGGAUGUUUGGUACAUACUUCCGGGUUGGCUUUUACGGCACUAAAUUUGGAGACUUAGAUGAGCAAGAAUUUGUGUACAAGGAACCUGCCAUAACAAAGCUGGCGGAAAUAUCCCAUAGACUGGAGGGGUUUUACGGAGAACGGUUUGGUGAAGAUGUUGUGGAAGUGAUUAAAGACUCUAACCCUGUAGACAAAUGUAAACUAGAUCCUAACAAGGCCUACAUCCAAAUAACCUAUGUGGAACCUUAUUUCGACACAUAUGAGAUGAAGGACAGGAUAACCUAUUUUGACAAAAACUAUAACCUGCGGCGUUUCAUGUACUGCACGCCCUUCACCCUGGAUGGCCGGGCACAUGGGGAGCUGCAUGAGCAGUUCAAGAGGAAGACAAUCUUGACUACAUCACAUGCUUUCCCUUACAUUAAAACUAGAAUAAAUGUCAUCCACAAAGAGGAGAUCAUUUUGACUCCCAUUGAAGUGGCCAUUGAGGACAUGCAGAAAAAAACACAGGAACUGGCUUUUGCAACUCAUCAAGAUCCAGCAGAUCCAAAGAUGCUCCAGAUGGUGCUUCAGGGUUCAGUCGGCACAACGGUAAAUCAGGGACCAUUAGAAGUUGCACAGGUUUUCUUGUCUGAAAUACCCAAUGAUCCAAAGCUCUUCAGACACCAUAACAAACUACGGCUCUGUUUCAAAGACUUCACAAAAAGGUGCGAAGAUGCACUGCGCAAGAACAAGAGCCUGAUAGGCCCAGACCAAAAGGAGUAUCAGCGGGAGCUUGAGAGGAACUACCACCGUCUUAAAGAAGCUCUCCAGCCCUUGAUUAACAGGAAGAUCCCACAGCUAUACAAGGCUGUGCUGCCUGUUGCUUGCCAUAGAGACUCCUUCAGCAGAAUGAGCCUUCGCAAAAUGGAUAUCUAGACAAGUAAAAAAAAAAAAAAAAAAAAAGCACUUAAAAUUAAGGUAAUGAAAAGAGCCGCAUUAUCAGCGCUGGGAAUCAAAGGAGUUUGACUGAGAAAUAAAACUUGGACUUCAUCGUGGACACCCCCCCACCCCCACCCCCCAUUUUACUUACUUACAUUGAAGUGUUAAGUGGCCAAAAAUCAUUUUGAAUUGUCAAAUGUAGAUUUAAUGUUUUAAAAAAUCAUGGCAGUGGUAUACAAAGUACUGGUGAUAAGCUGUAAACUUACCUGGUUUUUUUUAAGGCAUUUUUGACUCAAAGGUACACUAAACACAUUUAUCAUUAUUUAUAGCAUUACUUAAUGUUAAAUUUAUUUACUUUUAGUUCAUAUAUUUAAUUUAUAUUAGGAGCAUUUGCAGAUGCAUUUUUGAAGUUUUUAAUGUAGUGAUGUUUAUUUCAAUGGUACUAUUAAAUAUGUGAAUGUUUACACUUUAA